CCGGCGUCGCAGUCGGUCGAACUCCGUGCGGCAUGGAUCUAGGGAUGUCGAAUUUCCAUGACCGAUCAGAAGAAGUUUGGUGGAAGCUUUCUGCAAUAAUAUCAAAAUUUGAAAAAAAAGCAAGACGAUUGAAUUAUUCGAAUUGCAAUGUUCUGACUGAUUAUCUAUGUAAAGCCGUUAGUAAGUUAGGGAAGCUUUAUCGAGUCAGAAGAACUAACUAGGCGGUGCGCUAGAGCUCCGCUCGGCCUUGUCAGAAUUAAAUAUCCUAGACGCCGAAGGCCGUAACGGCUUUUUCCGCGGGGGUCCCAUCAUCGCUUUGUCAGCAUCGCGCUGCCAACAGUUUAUGCCUUGGCCACAGGAAUGGGCUUCGGCGUGACAUUGCGUAUCCAAUUUGCAAGCAAAAAGGAUCGGCACUCCGGGAGUCCCGCGGGCCUAAUCUACUAGCGCUUACAACUUAUAAACUUAUUUUGGGAAUUAGAAAUUUUAUGGAAGUGAAAAACUCAUCUUGACGCUGAAUUCAGGAGCAAAAAGGAGUCGUGAAGCAUCACGAAGUCAUGACGGAAGCAGAAAUGAGAUUUGAACGAACAGAAAUGACACGUUGCCACGUGGUUUUUUUUCACGUGUUAAUUUUUUUGAUAUUAAGAAAAUGACCUCCAUGGGUUUCACGUAAUGCAAAGAAUGACAUUUUUAUCUUGAAUAGAAACUUUGAGUCGAAUGACGUGAAGGAAGAUAAUGGAGACACUAAAAAAACUUUGAAAAAUUCAAAGUUUUUAGUCUUCGGACUUUCUAUAGUUUUUUUUUUCCGCGUUUUUUUGUUUCUUUUUGCUCUCUUGUAGAAAAAAACAAUUCGCGCAACUUACAGCCAAUUGAACAUUCUAAUGCAGUUUGAAGUUUUUUUAUAAUAAAAAUAAUCUGAAUUAAAUUUUAUUUCUCUAUUUUUUUUUUUUUGAUGGUUUUCGAACUGAUUAAGCAAUGCGCCUAUAAAUUUCCGCUUUUCUAUCUUUUAAUUGUUUUCUCUGAUGCUAAGUUUUCAAGAUGUAUAGAAUACUUAUUUUUUUAAAAGUGUUCCUUCAACUUUUCUGAUUUCAAUAUUUUUCAUAUUUGAAAAUGCUCAUUCGAUGAGCUCAUCAGAGGUAGUUUACCUAUAAUAUUUUUAUUGUGUAGUAAGUAAUUUAGAGCCUCUUUUUAUUUUUUUUUUUUUGCAAGCUAACUUUUUUCUGAGGAUUUUGUAUAAAUAUACUCUGAAUUUUUCAUUUUUAGAAGUUUUUGUAACCAUCAAUUCGCAACCGUCCGUUUCGGCUUCCGGCACCCUGGACCGAAAAAGAAGAGGCGCGAAAAAGUGGGCCGGAGAAUGCUGCGCUGGACGAAGCAGGUUGGCACGUGCAAAUGGCCGCCGCAAGGGGUCAAAAGAAUGGCCAAGUUGUUUGCGGACAACCUGUGUUAAGCCAGCUAAUCAGCGGACAAACGCGCACCGUUGA